AUGGCCUCCGUGCAGGUCCAUCUUCACCAGGGUCCCUUUUCCCACCACGGCGGGAAGCUCUCCAAGUCGCGGAGUCGCACCGUGGUCAAGCCCAUUCUCAGGAAGCUGCAUUCUCAUCACUCGGAUCGCGAGUCGCUCGACCUCGACCGCGGCUGGGAUGAUCAGCCGUCACCAAGCCUCGCCGCCGGUCCCGACUUUGGCUCCUACGACAGCGAUGGCUCCUAUCCCUACUCGACCCAAAACGGUCCGCCGGCCAGAUGCGCUCGCGACGUGAGCUUCUCCUUCUCCCCGUCAGACAUGGCGGGUCCCGGCCUGGGCCUGGCACCGCGCCCCAAGUACUCCCACGUUCGAUCGGCGAGCGGCAACUCGCACACCUCGUCCAUCGCGACUACCGCCAACGGCGGCACCUUUGUCCACCCCUUCCAGCAGCAGCCUCACGCCUCGAAUCCUCCUCUGCCCUACGCCAACUCGAGGUCGUCCUUUGAGAACGGCGUGUCGACCGGCUACUCUCCCACCAUCACCGAGGACGACGCCGACGUCGAUCCGUACUCGUCCUUCCACUCUGCCUCCACCACCCCUCGUCCCGCCCUGUACCAGUCUGCCUUUUACCAGCAUCCCAACCAUCGCCGUCCUUCCGUGGCAAGUCAGCGUACCAGCUCGGUCUCGGAUGGAGCCCAGGCGACGCGGCUACCUGCUGCUCGAUCCAACUCGGCCACCACUCGCCUCCUGGCACCGCCGUCUCUGACUCAGAGCAGGUCGGAGCUGGACUUCAGCGCCUUGUCUUCCCUCUCGUCAACCUCCCCCGCGGGGACGCCCGCGACAACCCUGUCCUCCGUGCAGACCCAGAUCAAUGCACCCUUGUCGCCGCUGCGCAACUCUCUGGACAUGGGCGUCUUCCGCCUGCGCUCCCGAAGCGGCGAGGUCGACACCUUUACGCACAAGGAGCAGGUCCGCGAAGCCCGCCGCAAGUUUGAGGCCAGGGAGCGUGCCAAGGACGAAAAGUAUGCCAGGGAACAGCUCCGCAAACGAGAACGUGCCGAGAUCAAGGAGGCACACAGGCUUGAAAAGUCGCACCCGCGGCUUCGCAAGGGCAGCACGGGGCACGGCAGCGUCUCCAGCAGCACCAUGUCGAGCGGGACCGACCUCCGAAUCUCCUCGUCGAGAAAUCACGGCGCGAGGCUCGAGGACAGCCGCGAAAAGGUGGAGUUUUCGGCGUUUGGCUACAACAGUACGCAUGGCGGGCCAACCGCCCCCUCGAGGCCCGACGAGGUCCAUUUCACGUCGCCCAAGAGAAGCAAGACGGCCAAGCACAAGACCAUGGGCGUCUGGACCGCCUUCAUGCUGUGGCUUCGGACUCGACUGCUCAAGAUCGGCAGACGCUAG